UCCCAAUGCAGCUCGUAUUUAGACGCAACUCUCCCUUCGUCUUUGCGUGUUCGUGGGUCUGACAGUCCGCCAGCCAGCUAGUUUUAUAUGGCGGAUUCCGUGCGCACGAUCAUGCACGGGACUUGGUUUACCACCGGGCACAGGGGCGGCACGUCCGCGGGAAUGGCAUUGGAGAAGCCGAAGAAGAAUCCUUUUUACCUGGUCAGAAUGAAAUCUCUCACUGGCAAGAAGGAGACCGCGAACAAUAACAACAUGCCCUUCAUUAUCCACUGCCACAUCGGCAAAGAGAUAAAGCACAUUUGCAGCAACUGUAGCCGCGGGAACGAGGCGCGGGACGCCGAGGAGGUUGAGCGGCUGGCAGCGAUGCGCUCCGAGUCCCUUGUGCCCGGCACCCACACCCCCCCCAUCCGCCGGCGCAGCAAGUUCGCCACCCUGGGGCGCCUCUUCAAGCCCUGGAAGUGGAGGAAGAAGAAGAGCGAGAAGUUCAAGCAGACGUCUGCAGCUCUGGAGCGGAAGAUCUCCAUGAGGCAAAGCAGGGAGGAGCUGAUCAAGAGGGGUGUGCUGAAGGAGAUAUUCGAGAAAGACGGGACGGCCUCGCUGCCGAAAGAGGACGGGAAGAUGGAGAACGGGCAGUCGUCGGGGUCCGUCUCCGGCGCGCUGGACUGCGACGGCAAGGACCACGCCUUCCGGCUGCUCCCCGGCUCGGAGCUGAUGGACGGGUCGGCCUCCAUGGAGUACCGGCCUGCGGAGGGGAGGGUCAGUCCCCCAGAGCCCCCCAAGAAGCCCGCCUUGGUUCUGCCUCCCAAAAAGUCUGUGGGCUUCCACUGUGACAGUCAGGACACGCCCCCAAAGCCCCCGCUGUACCACAAGCAGCCCCCUGCGCUCCCCCCAAAGCCCUUCUCCAGACUCCCCAAUCAUGUUUCCGACUCAGGACAGCCCAUGAAACUGCCCUACAUGCUGGGGAAGAUGUCUCCUCCUCUACCUCCCAAAAAGGUGGUGAUCUGUGCGCCCCCCUCGGGCCUGGAGUCCUCCCUGGCCGGCUUCCCCCCGAAGUGCUCCCCCCAGCCCCUGAGCGCCCUCCACGGCUCCCUGCUGCCGUCCCACGGGCACCCCCACCCUCACGCGCUGCAGUACGGCACGCUGCCCAUGUCCGUGCACCCGCCCAGCCGCGUCAUCGAGGAGCUCAACAAGACGCUGGCCCUCACCUUGCAGCGGCUGGAGAGUUCUGCGCUGCACGGGGGGCAGUGCAGUCUGAUGGACAUCCGGCAGGUGCCCACCGUGGUCAUCGAGUGCGACGACGACAAGGAGAACAUGCCCGACGAGUCGGACUACGAGGACCUGCCCAGCAUGUACAAGGACGAGGAGGACGACGACAACGAGGAGGACGACGAGGACGACGACGACAUGCUGUUCACAAGUACGCUGGCGCUGAAGGUGCUGAGGAAGGACUCUCUGGCCAUCAAGCUGAGCAACCGGCCCAGCCAGCGCGAGCUGGAGGAGAAGAACAUCAUCCCCAUGCAGACCGACCAGGAGCGGCUGGAGUCGCGGCAGCAGAUCGGCACCAAGCUCACGCGCAGAGACUGCCGUUCCCAGCAGGCUUUUCGCUGGCGUCACGGUCGGCGCCAUGGCGACGGCGGCAGCGGCCGCAUGAUUGGAUGCUCCCUGAGGCUUAGUCAGCGCCCUACGGCUGAGGAGCUGGAGCAGCGGAACAUCCUCAAACCACGCAAUGAACAGGAGGAGCUGGAGGAGAAGAGGGAGAUCAAAAGACGACUGUCACGGAAGCUCAGCCAGAGGCCCACGGUGGAGGAGCUCCGACAGGCCAAGAUCUUGAUCCGCUUCAGCGACUACGUGGAGGUGUCCAACGCCCAGGACUACGACCGGCGCGCGGACAAGCCCUGGACGCGGCUCACGGCCGCGGACAAGGCCGCCAUACGCAAGGAGCUGAACGAAUUCAAAAGCAACGAGAUGGAGGUCCACGAGUCAAGUCGCCACCUAACCAGGUUCCACAGACCCUAGAACACCACUGUAAGAACAAUGCCACAUGGGAUUUCUGUUAUUUUUAUGUUUUUUUUAAAUAUAUAUAACUCAAAGACCCUCAAGUGCUGUGUGGGGAGCAGUGGCCAUGCCUGCUGUGAGGCUGUGCGUCUUCUCAGUUGCCUUUCGACACCCUGCAACGAGCCAAUGCCACCCUGGGCGGACUUGGAAAGGUCGCUGGCGACGUCGCCCGGCCCCGCCUCGCCCUGCCCCGCCCAGCCUGACCCCACCCUAACACGGCUGGAGCUAUAGGAAGGGAACGAGGAAGUGGUGAUCCUCCACAUCUUCCAAUCCACUCCCCCCCCCCCCCCCCAUCCCAACAGUAAUGAGCUACUGCCCCUGUUCCUCUCUGCCUCUCCUCCUCAUCCUAGUUGGCAGAAUUUGGGUAGGCUGGGUUGGAUGUGGGAAAGAGGUAGGGGGGGGGGUACGGUACUGUAAUUGGUGGACCCUGGACCUGCUGGGUUUGGGUUUGGACUCCUGGAUCACUCGGACACCUUACAGAUGGGGUUCGGACCACUUGGAGGGGUCCCCGGGGGGGAGGGGGGGGUUCCGUGGAACAAAAGGCUCUCCCGGAGGCCGAGCCAUCGCUAACCAACAAACUUGGUGCUCGCGAACCUGUGCAAUAUUCCUCCCGCCUCUCCCCCCCUCCCAGCACAGCGCCCCCUAAGCCCACGGCUGUGUUACUGGAGUAACAGGUGGACUGCUGGUCCCCUUAGCCAGCAUUACUGACACCCUGCGGCCAACCACGAAUAGUAUGAGCAGCACUGUUGAAUCUGUGGAGGGAUUCAGAAAACUGCCCAUUAUGAGCAUUGUGUUAAUAUACGUUAUGGAAGUAAUGGGAGACUUGCCUGUUACAGAUAAGAUUUAAGUGUAAAUCUCUUGAGUAGAUUUUUAUGAACUUUUAAUUAUUACUAUCAUGAAUUCAUGCACUUUCUUUAUUAUUUUUAUCUGCCCUUAGCUGCUUUUUAUUUAAUUAUUUUUUUACUAAAAGGCAUCCCUAACUCUGACCACAUAAGUGUGGGUUCCAGUGCCACAGUCCAGGGAUUUGUAGUUUUUAGUCAUUUUGUUUGUUUUUACUUCCUGUUUGUUUUGAUGGAAAUGUAUAUUCGAAAAUAGAGUUCAAUGAAAUUUUGCCCCCAAAACUUUUCCCAAAAUUGAAGGAAUAUAAUUUGCCAUAUUUAAAAUAUACCUCAUAUUUUACAGAAUAUAUCAGUUCUUGCCACUUUCAUGCAUUUUCACCUCCUUUUCAUGCAGGUAUGAAAGGGAUAAUAACUUGAUAUGUGUUGUAAUUUAUAAUAUAGGGUAUGUUCGUUUGAUUUUUAAAAAUUGUAUUUUUUUCAUGUUUUUCUUGGGUUUUCUCUGAUGGAGUCAUCGUUCUGUGAACACAGCACAUGAGUACCGUAAAGAACCCUAGGCUUGUGUUUGGUCUCGAGGAUCCGGAACAUUCUGAACUCAGAUGGAGCAAUACGUUCUCAGUGGAUAGGCCAGUUUCACUGAACGUAGACUUUGUUCUGUGUGUUCUUCCUUAAUACGCUUUAUUUUCUUUUGUUUGAAUUUUAAAUUCAGUACUUCUGGUUUGCCUCCUCCGGUCACCAGCUUUUUAAUUUAUUUAUAUAUUUUUUUGGUUUAAAAAAGAAAACAAAAAAAAACCCCACACACAUUUGUGGAGAUUAUCCCCUUUUCCACCUUAACAUUUUUUAAACAUUUUUUUCCACUCACUAAUGGGAAGAACUACACUUGCAUUUUAGCACGAGUUUUAGGCCACCUCAAAUUAGCUUUCUUUUAAAGGAUCUACACAAAGGCACAUUUAAUCUUACACAUUUUUAUUUAAAGACUUAAUGUACAAAACAAUUUAUUUCUUACCGGAGUGAAGUAACUUCUUUAUUUAAUGGCUACUGUUUGUGUGCCAAGUGUUUAAUUAUUUUUUUUAAUAAUGUGCCAUCUGGUAAAAUUUGGAAAGGAACAGUGACCACAGGUGGACUAUCACAGGUUUACAUAACCCUUUUUGUAACUUUCUCCUAUGUGCAAAAUAGCCUGGAAAUGGGAGGAACUUACAAAAGCUUAAGAAACUUAAUUUAAUUUUUUUACAUUUAUUUUCAAAGUACAGUUUGCGUGAUUUUGUUUCCCGAUGUUAGCAGAGAAGUGGAACUGCAGCGAUACACUCCAGGGUUUUUUUUUUUUUUCUGCAUUUCAAGCUUUCAUCUGAUCCAAUUAAUCUAAUUUAGGAUCUAAGGCACAAGAAUCUGUUGCUAAUUGGUGUGUGGCAGGGGAGUUUAUUCUUGAACUCGCAUCCGUCUCUUUCCAAUAGUGCGACUUAACAUUUGUUCCAUUUCAGUAAAUGAGUGGUGCAGUAUACUCGAGGGGAAGUUUGAUAUAGCGAAAGCAAAACAGUUUUUUUGCGCUUCCUGUUGAGCUUAAAUUUGUUUUCGCUCAAUAACAGAAAUCCAAAGUACAAAAAUAAACAGUAGGUCUGUCACUAUUGGGUUCUGGAAUGAUGUAGAGAAUUUUGUGCAGCGUUUGGUUCUUGCUUGAACAACGGCUUCACGGGCACGAGUAGUAGAGUACACAAACAUCUUGUUUGAUCAAAGAAUGUGUAUUCAGCAAUAAAUGUAUUCAUUUUUAUUUUUUGCUUGUACAAGGCGAGGGUGAAUUUUUACAUUUGUGAGCCCCCAAACCCCCCCCCGGAAAAGAUUGAAACAUGGUCCACCGACUUACAUUCAUUCUCUGUUAAUGUUGAUACUUAACAGAAUAUAGCCCUAAUAUGAGAGGAAAGAUUGGGAGAGGGGUGAAAGGCCUUUUAAGGGGUUUGUUUAUUUAUUUAUUUUUAAAAUUUUAACUUCUGAAUCAGCUCACUGACAGAUGAGAGCAAUUUUACUUUUUAAGUCUAAAGGGAGACAUUUAGUUGCCUUAAAUGCUCGUUCUUUCAAGAUAUUAAGUGAGGGGGGGCACUUUUUUUUUCAUGGUCCCGACACACCAAAAAGACUUGAAUGAUGACAUUAUUGAAAAUUUCUGUCAACUGGUGGUGUUUUGUGUGGUGUAUCUGUACAGUUUAGCCUCAGUCCAUCUCCUGGCUUUAUAGAUCUUUCCUUGGUGACCCAUGGGCACCAGCACUGAUGUCUCUUCUUUUCUGUCGCUCUGCCCUUGGCCAGCAGCAGGGGGCGCCACAAGCAUCCCUCUGACACAGGGUAACAACUGCCAUGAUGCCAGCUUUGUGUUUACUGAUUUGACCAGUACUUGUUUACAAGGUUAAAGUGUUGCCAAAACUAUCAAAGUGGAUACAUUUUGGAAAAUUUUUCAAAAUAUUCAGCAUAUAUUACAAAAUGUAUGUAUUCUUGCUUCUUUGUAGCCUAUGUGUUGCAUAUAUUAUGAAGUAUUUUACGAGCCAUCGUGCUGAUUCAUAAAAUGACAAGCAAGACUAAUUUAUGAAAAGUAGCAAUUGCGUAUAUUUUGUAAUAUAGCCAGUGUGUUUUGAAUAAUGUUGAAUCUUUAUCGGCAAUUUUAUAAGGGCAAAUUUUUUUUAUGUUAAAUGUUUCUGAAAUUCCUUAAUUGGUAAUGUAAGAUGACAUGAAAAUGGCAAACAGUUAAUAUAUUGGUAAACUUGUGCAAUGAUAUCCAGAGGUUAAAAAUAAAUGUAUUCUGGAAAAAUGCAUUCACUUUGAAUACAAUAUGGGGUGCAAAUAUAGGGGUUGUCUUGGAGCGGGGCAAAAUAAUUUUCAUACAUCUGAUUGGAUAAAUUCCCAGCACAGUAUUUUUGACGCUGAUGGACUUCAUUGCAAAUAUUCAGUGGUUAAUUCAUGUGAUGACCACGUCUUGUAGAAUCAGCAGGUGAAUGGUUCAGGCGUUGGGAAGGUGAAGUUCACUUUAGGUUUUAAGCCCGUCUGCAUACAUAACUGCCACAUUACUACACAUUUAUAACUUGGAGAAGGAUCAGUACCUGAUGUUCUUAAUAUAACAAUGGUGUUUCUUUUGGAAAACCUUUACACUGAGAGGUUCCUGAAAUCAUGUACUGGAACCUAUUAAGUUUGAGUCCCUCCUAUGAGCUCCAUGAACAGUGCCACACCUAGGAUUUGAACCUGCAAUACUCUGUUUACCUGUUCAGUUUCUUUUUAUGCUACACUGUCUCUUAUAUACCUCAGUUUACUGUGUCAUUUAUAGCACUCCUGUGAUCAUUUAUGUUUAUCAGUUCAACAUAAUGUAAUAAUGAUUUCACCGGUUUGUAAAAAAAAAAAUAUUUAUACUCCUUUGAAAUGGACUUCAUGCAGCUGGCCCAGAAUGCCCUGUGAGCUUUGAGCUUCUCCCCCUGAAACCUGAGCCCAGUGGCUCAGCAGUUAGAGCACAAAUGCAGCGGUAACCGAGCCUGAUUUUGGGCCGGGGUUAAAACCGUGCUUUCGCUGUCUUUUCCCCGAAAGCGCGGUUCAGACUCGCACCUCUGCGUUGUCAGGUCCGUUUCCGACUGUAGAGUCUGAGUACGGUGUAUGCGAUGUGACAACCCAGGAGUGAAUGCUGUGGCCGAUUCCCUGUACCCUUUCAGGAUUGUUCAUUUUAACGUUUUGAAAGAUGUAAAUAACACAAAUUAACUGGUACUGCCAGACACGAGUUUACUUUUUUUCUUUUUUGUACAGACUGAAACUGCAUGUAACCUUUGAACUUUUCUGUUUAUCUUGGUGUAUGCAGUUUCUUAUGAAGAAACCGAAUUAAAACCUUUUUUUUUCCAA